UAAAUUCUAACCUGUCGGAUGGUUUGUUGUUGUGAAGUGAUGUGGUGUUUUUUGAUUCUUUCGUAAGUCUUAAUAACUUGGGAUAAAGUGAAAUAAAAUGGGUGAAAAUGAAGGAAAAGAAUUCGCAGCGCUGGGAGUGAAAUCGUGGCUUAUAAAGCAACUCUUUAGUCUUGGUAUAAAGUCGCCUACGCCUAUCCAAAAAGGUUGCGUACCAGGCAUCUUGGAAGGUUCCGAUUGCAUAGGUGCGGCCAAGACAGGCUCAGGAAAAACGUUUGCCUUCGCGCUGCCGAUUUUGCAGAACCUAUCUGACGAUCCUUAUGGAAUAUUCGCUUUGGUUCUCACCCCUACACAUGAGUUGGCUUACCAGAUUGCAGAUCAGUUCAGUAUUCUUGGACAGCCGCUUAAUCUCAAAGUCUGCAUUGUGACUGGAGGCUCCGACCAACUGGAAGAGUCGCUGAAGCUGGCCAAACGUCCCCACAUAGUGGUAGCCAUGCCUGGCCGCUUGGCGGACCACAUAAGUGGUUGUGACACUUUCUCCUUGAAGAAAAUAAAGUAUUUGGUUUUGGAUGAGGCAGAUAGGCUUUUCAGUGAAUCUUUUCAAGAGGACUUGGAGACAAUAUUCAAUGCAUUACCACAGAAGAGACAAAACCUGUUGUUUUCUGCUACAAUCACUGAGGACGUAAGAGAGUCAAAGUUGCUUCCUCUAAAUAAAGAGAAACUGCUGGUAUGGACGGAGUCGGACACACAACUGACGGUGUCCACGCUAGACCAGCGGUACGUGGUGUGCCCGGCGUAUGCGCGCGACGUGUAUCUCGUGCAGACGCUGCGCAAGUACCGCGAGAACAAGCCCAGUUCGCACAUCAUCGUGUUUACGGAUACUAAGAAAGAAUGUCAAGUGAUCUCGAUGAUGAUGAACGCCAUAAGCAUGGACAACGUGUGCCUACACGGGUUCAUGCGUCAACGAGAGCGUAGCGCCGCCCUAGCGCAAUUCCGGAGCAACCUGAAGUGCACGCUCGUGGCAACUAAUGUGGCGGCGCGAGGUCUUGAUAUACCUUCUGUGGACCUGGUGAUUAAUCAUAAGCUACCGCUAGAACCGAAGGAGUAUGUGCACAGGGUGGGCCGCACGGCUCGCGCGGGCCGCAGCGGGCUGGCCAUCUCGCUGAUCACGCCGUACGACCUGCUGCGCCUCGGCGAGAUCGAAGCACACAUCAACACCAAGCUCACCGAGUACAAGAUCGAUGACGACGAAGCAGUGCGAGUAUUCACGACAGUCAGCGUGACGCGCCGCGAGCAGGAAGCCAAGCUCGACAACGAGGAGUUUGAGCAGCGCGCGCGCAACUACCGUGUCAAGCGCUGGCGCAUGGCCGGCGUGGAUCCUGACCUCAUGCAGGAAGGAUUGGAAGAAAUGCGUCGUAAGCGAGUGAAAGAGGCCAAGAAAGCUAAACUGGAGAAAAUCAAACAACUGCAGGCACAAAUGGCGAGUAAAGAGGAAACGGGACAGAGCGAUGGUAACCGCCUGCUACCGAGUGAGAAAGACAUAGACGCGAGCAUCAAGGAGGGCCUGAAAAAAGUCAAUAAAGGCCUGAUGAAAAAAGACGACAGAUUUAAGAACGUCAUAGGAAAGAUCAGCAAAAUUAAGAGGAAAGCGGAGAAUGUUAAAAACCAGACGGUGGAUAAAGAACACAAGAAGAAGAAGAAGAAAGUUGUUAAUAAAUGAUGUAUUUAAAAUGC